UCGUCGGUCCUCAGCUGGAGCUCUCGCGCUGUGAUGUAACAGGAAGUAGUGGGUUGCCUUCCAACGUCAACCUGACAGCCGCUUCAGCCGCGCUCUCAUUCAGCGCCGGAGAUCCGCCGUGUUCGCUGCCCCUGUGCCGAAGCCGAAGACUCAACACACUCUGGGGAUUGCCUUGAGACUUUAUUCCCGUUCCAAGCUCCGCGCUGCUGGUGGAUUUUAUUCUCUGAUCUGCUGUUGGUGGAUGAUCAAACUGCUUGGAUAUGGCCAAAAGGAAGAUGGAGAGCAUCGGACGGAGCUGGAUGGUGGUGCUUGUACUGCUGUGUAAUCUGACAAAGAUCUUCGUGAAGGCAAGCAUGGACGCAAAUGAAACCCAACAGCAGCAUCCCACCAACGUGUAUCAUGACAUGGGACUCACCAGGAACAGGAUAGUGACAGCUCAGUUUGAGUGCUAUCAGAAGAUUAUGAAAGACAAUACCAACAGCAGAGAAGAGGCGAUGUGUAAUCGCACUUGGGAUGGCUGGCUGUGUUGGGACGACACCAGGUCGGGUUUUACAUCAGAGCAGCACUGCCCGGACUACUUUCAGGAUUUUGAUCCUUCAGAGAUGGUGACAAAGAUUUGCUCUGACAACGGUCACUGGUUUCUGCAUCCAGAGAGCAACCGGACUUGGACCAACUACACUCGCUGCAAUGAACACACUAAUGAAGGCAGAGUGACUGCGAUGAAUCUUUUCUACUUGGCUCUCAUAGGACAUGGACUGUCUCUAACAUCUCUCUUAGUCUCACUGGGAAUAUUCUUCCAUUUCAAGAGUUUAAGUUGCCAAAGGAUCACGCUUCACAAAAACCUCUUCUUUUCUUUCGUUCUGAACUCUGUGAUCACCAUUAUUUGGUUGACAGCCGUGGCAAACAACACAGAGCUGGUGCAGAGGAACCCAACCAGCUGUAAAGUGUCCCAGUUCAUCCAUCUGUACCUGUUUGGUUGUAAUUACUUCUGGAUGCUGUGUGAGGGAAUAUACCUGCACACCCUCAUUGUGGUGGCUGUGUUUGCAGAGAAGCAGCACCUGAUGUGGUACUAUCUCUUAGGCUGGGGCUUUCCUCUAAUUCCGGCUUCCAUUCAUGCCAUCGCGAGGAGCUACUACUACAACGACAACUGUUGGAUAAGCGCCAAAACAUCUCUACUCUACAUCAUCCAUGGUCCCAUCUGUGCUGCACUUCUGGUCAAUUUGUUUUUCCUGCUAAACAUUGUGCGAGUGCUCAUCACCAAACUGAAGGUGACCCACCAAGCAGAGUCCAGUCUCUACAUGAAGGCUGUGAGAGCCACCCUCAUCCUCGUGCCCCUGCUGGGAAUCCAGUAUGUCCUGCUCCCCUACAAGCCGGAGGGACGGGUCUCCUCGGAAAUCUAUGACUACAUCAUGCACAUACUGAUGCAUUACCAGGGUCUGCUGGUGGCCACCAUCUUCUGCUUUUUCAAUGGAGAGGUGCAAGCAGUGCUGAGGAGACACUGGAACCAGUAUAACAUCCAGUUUGGCAGCAGCAUAGGAAACCACUCAGACGCCAUGCGUUCAGCCUCCUACACAGCGUCCUCCAUCACAGAGGUGCAGGGCUGCUACAGCAUCGACGGCCACUCAGAACACAUGAACGGAAAGGGCUGCUUCGACACAGACACCCCCAUGUUAAAGUCAGACAGUCCCUUCGCCUGACGACCACACCCCAACCAAGAACUUUCCAAACCAUCGUCCCUUAAAGACUGCAGCAUGUUCGGACCUGUAGAUGAAUUGUCAGUGGCAGCCAUGCAGGAAAAGGAUUUUGCACCUAUGCUCUCAACUACCUGAAGGACAUUCUCACCUCUCUGUCACAUUUGGAACAUAACUGUACGGUGAGCUUGAUACAACUAUUCUUGCGCUGUGUUCGUCUACAAUUUGCAACUGAGCUGCUUGACUUGGACUGAGAUGCAUUUGGAAAACCACAAUAUAUUUCUGCCUGACGAAAUUGUUUUUAUAUGGACGAAUAUUUACUGCUUGACUGUCUUUUUGGCGUCAUGCUGUGCACAAAAAGCCUUUGGUUACACUGUAAAUUGUUUUUACAUAUUUAGUGCCAUACUUAGACAUCCCUACCUGUCGCAUUUUUAUUUUCUCAUGAUGAAUCAGAACAGAGAUUGGUCAUCUAUCUGGUGCAUUAUAUUAUAUCAGAGUUAUUUUGUAUCUUUUACAUGUAAACUUAAUUUAUCUGAACAUAUUGUUUAUCAAAUAAAUAAGUAAAUAAAUACCACACAGUAUUUAUUAAAGUUGACAUGCUACAUUUUCCAAAAGUAGUUAAUUAAUACUGAUAGGACUUAAGCUUCAUUUUUACUUCUGUGUGGAAUCUACACCGCAGCCUGACGUGCACCUCCUGAAAAAGUUAACUACGAGCCCUGCGAUUGGCUACAGGCUUAUUGUGUGUUCUCAUGUGUACGAACCAAUUUGUCAAAUCUACUUGUUGUCAUCAGUGGCUUAACAAGGUUUCAGUAGCCAUGGUUUCAUGUUCACAAAAAAGCAGAGAACAUGGCCUAAAUGGAAACUGGUGAUAAAAACCACCAUAGAAAUCGCACUGCACACCAACGUCUGUAGGCUGAGUGACACAGACACACCAAGGUAUGGCGUGCUCAUGGCCACGUUGGCUUCUACGGCAAAUGGUGCGUUCAGUUUACAUUGGAACUCUCAUCUCACAGCUGAAAAUGACGUCACACCCGAGUUAACCUCAAUCUUGCAUUAUUCCAGUUGCAAGUCGGACAAGCAACAUGGACGCCUCCAGCAGUACCUUUUGUUGUGUUAGCUAAUACAUGGCUAUAACAACACACUACGUUCAUAAUUUGCACAAGAAAAUAACUUGACAACAUGUCUACAGAUAGAACUUGAACGGUACUAUCGGUGUGAUUGAUUUAAUUACACAAGACCAAGAUGUUGCUAAUAAACACAAUAGUUACAGCUUAAACGUGAUUUAUUGAUGCAUGUUGCAGCUAUAUUGGAUUGGGGGCGGUCCUGAUGACUUACCAGGCCGGCAACUUGGAAUUUCCAACUUCUGAGAUCAAAUGGAACGCACCAAUAGCUACGGCGUCGACUGGACUCAGAAGAAUAAAUCAGGCUUCAAUGCCAGCGUCAUGUUAACUUUCUAUGUACUCUGUUUGUUUCAGUGUUUGUGUUGCAAUAACAGAGAUGGUUGACAGAAUCAAAGCUUUCAGCCUUCUUUUUUAUAUGAUGUUAUUUGGAUAUAUCAUCAAGGUAAUGUUUGACUAGUUUUAAAGUGAUCCUUAUCCUUACUGACAUGGACAUCAUUUGUAUUAUCACACAGAAGCCAUUGUGAAGUGAAAUACUCCAAUAGACCGACUCAUUACACUUGAAUGUAACAGUUAAAGACUUGGAUCAGUUCAUAUAUGCAUCACAUUCCCAUUCACUCCUGUAUUUAGCCUUACUCCUCUCCUGUACUCUCAUAAAACCACUUUACAAGAACUAGCAGGCGUUCAGACAGACAACAGCGCUGUUUUACAUAUAAAGGGGUGUGUGCUGGUGUACCACUUGAAAAACCUAGAAAGCCAUAUUGGUUACUUUGAAAAUGGCUUGCGUUUGCAUCUGCUGUGAAUUAAUUGCUUUGUGCUGCAAUGACAUUUCUGACAAAAAGUAAAACACAAUGAUGUCAUUUAAUUAUAAAAAAAGGGUGAUUUUCAACAAACCUGCCCUAUUUGGUUUGUGUCAAUAUUGUUGUGCAUCAAAACGAUUGCUGCAAAGCUAGUAUGUAGGUGGAAACUACUUAAGCAACAAUAAGCCCCCUGCGACACACGACUGUCUAUAAGACGUGGACGUAGCCUCUUGGAUUCACGAGUGAAGCCAAUGCAGAAGAACCUUAAUCCUGCAUUAUUUCUAAUAGCCAGCAGGGGGCUUGUUUUCAUAAGGAGUUUAUACUCUCAAUCGCCAGCCCAACAUGAAAUGAUUACAAUUUAAAAGUUUCUGUCCCAUUAAGGUUAAAAUAGAAGAUAAAGCCAAAUAUGCUACAGUACAACAGUGAUUGAAAAGUCACCACUUAGACAACAAAUGUUUUAUUACUGUUACAAAGUCUAUCUAUCCCCAGAUAUCCAAAAAAGUCACUUCUGCCUCCACAAACCAAGAUGGACAUAGCCAGUGAAAGACUGGAGGCUCCAAAACUGCCGUCCAAAAACCAUUGAGGGACAUCACGGCUAUGUGGCUACAUCCACUUUUUACUAUAGUGUAAGGCUGUGAGAAAACAAAGCCAGUGCAGCAGUUUUACAUGAAGUCUGAACACGUCGACAUGUGAUGAUUUCAUCAUGCAAAAAAAGUCUUUGUGAAGCAUAUAGCUAAAGCAGGCUGAUAUCUACUCUUGGUCAGAAAUCGUUGCACUUAUAGUCAGCUUUCAUUUCAUCCACCUAAACACAAAACCUCUCUCCACUUCUUCUUAGCUUAGAACAUUUUUAACACACAGUCCACAAUGCUGGGAACAUAAGUCACUAUCAGCUGAUGUAAAUAUAUUUUUUUAUAAAUCUAGAGUUUUUGAAAAGUGGACAAGUUGAACUUGUGAGUGUGCGUGCAUGAUUUAUCUUUACAGUAUUUAUGAGUAUGUUCUACUCUGACUUUUAAAUCGUAUGUGACACUGUGUGUGGCUGAUACAGACAUGUAUUCUACUGAUGUGUUGGAAAAAGGCAGGGGUGGGUAAUGUGUUGGGGUUGCCAAUGAAGGCCUGUAACAAGCUUCUGUGUUUGUCUGCCCAUGUUAUUUGUCACUGUCAACCUUUCUAGUUUGCCUGUGUUUGAAAGUCUCUUUAAGUUGUCUGUACUGCAUCACCAAUGAAGAGUAUUGGAAACAAAUUGUACAUGUCCUUUUCCCCCCCAUAAUCUAUCUGUCUUUAUUUAAAAGCAAAGCAGAGAUCCAAUAGAGGAAGUUCAUAUUUAGUGUCUCUUGAAACCCUAGCGAUUAUUCUUCUUGUUCCUCAAGAGAUAACAUUGUCAAAGGUUGAUGUCUCUUCAAUUUCAUCCACAUGUAUUUAUUUUAUAUAUAAGAUAUGAUUAAGACAAUGAAAUAUAAGCAUUUAAAUGUCCUACCUUUCAGAGUGAAUCACAGAAGGUUUAUUUCUCCCCUGCUCCACUGCCCAACCAGCACUAGCUGCAAACUUUCAGGGAUUAUUGAGAGGUUUGGAGAUCCGGUAUUUCAGUAUAAAAAACGGUUUCGAACCUGUUGAUGCAAAUUCUUACAUACAGUUUAAAAUUGGUAUUUUGCAACCAAUCUUUGCAUGAUGAUUCAAACCUGACCUACAAUAAGUGGCUUUUCUGGUUUUAGAAUAUUUAUAAAUCUCUCAAUUUCAUCUUCAGUCUGUUAAACAUUUAAGAAUGCUUUAAGGCGUUAAGGCUCGUCAUUCUUCACAGAGCAGGUACAUUGAUCUGUUUUCAAGAAACCCAUAUUCUAUUUUAACCCUUGAAAAGUAUUCUUGGCUGCCAGUGUUCGAGUGGGAGACACAGGGAUGUUUCAUAUUAAACAAGAGGUCGAAUGAACUGAGGCUGCAGAUGCAUGCAUACAAUGUUUGUUUGUUUUUUGCAUCACAUCUGCAGGACAGUGUCUCCAUUCAUUCUUCUCAUAUAUGAUUGCCACACCUGUGUAUUGCAUCAAGUGAUAGAUGUCAAAUGCAGCAUUAUGACGUCUCCGUAAGCCACACCACUCACCGUGCAGUGAUGCAUCAUGAACAGUAAUGACACUACAGUCCAGUCAGCACAAACCAGAGACGAUGACCCCGUGUAUUAACUCCAUUUAAGUUGUGUAUUUAGGUGUGAAAUAUUUUUAUGUGUUUCUCCAAAGGGUUUGUGAAGUCUUAGUAACACUUUGGUGAUGUGUAUGAAACGUAUGACAAAAAACAUUAUGGAUGAUUUCUGUAAUUGUUUUUUGUUCAUGUAGUUCUGUAAUUGACUUUUGUAGUCUUGACACAUUGACUGCACACUGCUGUCUGAAUGUAACUGGUUGUGUUUUAUUCUCUGGAUGUGUAAAAACAAACAUAUAUAUAUAUAUAUAUGUAGAUAUAUUUACAUAUAAUGUCUCUUUUUUAAUUUUUUGACUGAAUUAGACAAUGUUGCUAUCUUGUGUGUAUCUGAAUACUAAUACAGUUUAGCACAGCA